ACCGCCAGCCAAUAGGAAAGCGCCUCAUUCCGCGUACCGUAUCACGUGGUUUCUGACAAGUCCACUCCACCGGGUUUGCUAACAAAAAACAAGAUGGAUACUCCCAUAUUGGAACCGUCUUUGUACACCGUGAAGGCAAUUCUCAUUUUGGACAAUGAUGGCGACCGACUUUAUGCCAAGUAUUAUGAUGACACUUACCCCACAGUGAAGGAACAGAAAGCAUUUGAGAAGAACAUAUUCAACAAAACACAUCGGACAGACAGUGAGAUCGCAUUACUGGAAGGCCUCACGGUUGUCUACAAGAGCAACAUUGACCUCUUCUUUUAUGUGAUUGGAAGUUCGCAUGAAAAUGAGCUGAUGCUGAUGUCUGUUCUGAACUGCCUCUUCGACUCCCUUAGUCAGAUGCUGAGAAAAAAUGUUGAGCGCAGAGCAUUGUUGGACAAUAUGGAGGGGCUUUUCCUUGCCGUGGAUGAAAUUGUGGACGGAGGGGUGAUCCUGGAGAGUGACCCUCAGCAAGUUGUUCACCGUGUGGCCCUAAGAGGGGAUGAUGUGCCUUUGACUGAGCAGACCGUCACCCAGGUCCUUCAGUCUGCCAAGGAACAGAUCAAGUGGUCGCUUCUCCGGUAGUCGCAGCCGCGCAACGCGCCCGCUCGUCAUGGCACUGAUCCACAUCCUCCUUUUGCUCCCCUGCAAUCACCGCCGUCAGCUGCCGCAGCCCCAAAAGAUAUUUUCUGUACAGCUGUGGACACUAGCGGCUUCAAAUCAGGUGUACAUUCUCUUACUCCGGUUGAACUGCUCUCUUUGUAUUUUUAUUUUCUCAUGAUGAAAACCAGCGUAUGGCUCCCUGAUUCUUAAUCAACCCAUCAGAGCUGGUGACAACAUUCCACGCAUGGCCCUUGUAAUCUUUUCAUUUGUUGAUGGAAACGUACUGUAAUGUCAUCACUGGUGGCCGAACCUUAUUUCAUUUUGCCUUCUUUUGUCAUCAGACCACUUGAAUAAAAGUCUGUUGACGCACUCCAA